CCCGGUUCCACCCGGCACACUCACACGCACGCGUUUCGAGCAUCCCCCAGGCAUAAAAGCUCCAAGCGACGACGACGGGGAUUCCCACCGCCGAACAAACAAUCCAACUCCGCAUCGCAACAAUGGCAAGCAAAGCAGCCUCAACCGUCCUCGGGCGUCUCGGUGCCGUCAACACCCCUCGUUCCACCACCUGUGCCGUCGCUGCCGUCGCAACGUCCGUCUCCCGCCAUGGCUAUGCAUCCUCCUCAGCGAACGUCAAGCCCGUCGAGCGCAUCACAGUCAUCGGUUCCGGUUUGAUGGGUGCAGGUGUCGUCCAAGUCGCCGCCCAGUCUGGUUUCAAAGUCUCCAUGGUGGAUCUCACAGACGAUUCCUUACGCAAAGGCGAGAAGAUCAUCACCUCUUCCUUGAAGCGGGUCGCCAAGAAGAAGUUCGGAGGAGACGUUGAGGGAGCCGAGGCACGAAAGUACAUCGACGACAUCAUGUCCCGUAUCACACUCUCUAAGGACUCUGGGGCCGCUGCGCGCGAUUCGCAGCUGGUCAUUGAAGCGAUCGUCGAGAACCUCAAGACGAAGCGGGCCCUUUUCAAAGCUCUGGAUGAAGCCGCGUCCGCAUCGACCAUCUUUGCGAGCCGUCAAGCACACUUUGCCGGUCUGCAUUUCUUCAACCCUGUUCCCCAGAUGAAGCUGGUAGAGGUUAUCCGCACGCCCGAGACCGUCGACGCCGUCUUUGACUCUCUUGUGGCCGUCACCAAGAAAAUGGGCAAGAUCCCCGUUGCUUGCAAGGACACCCCUGGCUUUGUCGUCAACAGGCUGCUGGUCCCAUACAUGAUGGAGUCGCUGCGAUUGGUCGAGCGGGGCGAUGCGUCUAUGCAGGAUGUGGACACCGCCAUGAAGCUUGGUGCAGGAUACCCUUUGGGACCUUUCGAAUUGAUGGACUACGUUGGUCUCGACACCAUCAAGCAUAUCACUGACGGGUGGUACCAGUCUGGAGAGGGUUUGAAGGGAGACAAGUUAAUUGCGCCUUCUGCUCUGUUGGAGAAGCACGUUAAGGCUGGCAAGCUGGGAAGGAAAUCUGGCGAGGGCUUCUACACGUAUGACGGCGUAGGUGCCGACAAGCGCAAGCACUAG